AUGAGUCCUCCUAAGGGUUUCCAGUUUGCCAUAGACAGAGGUGGUACCUUCACAGAUGUUUAUGCCCGCUGCCCCAAUGGUAAAAUUAGGGUAAUGAAAUUACUGUCCGUUGAUCCUCAAAAUUAUGAAGAUGCACCAAGAGAAGCCAUAAGAAGGAUACUACAUGAGGAAACUGGCAAUGCAUUAGACAAAGAUGGCAAGGUCAAUUCUUCUUUGAUAGAGUCAAUACGUAUGGGUACCACUGUGGCCACAAAUGCUUUGCUAGAGAGGAAGGGUGCUAAAAUGGCGCUGGUCAUCAAUAAAGGAUUUAAGGACUUGCUCUUCAUAGGCAAUCAGGCUAGACCACAUUUAUUUCAGCUGGAUAUUAAAAGACCUAGUGUCUUAUAUAAGGAUGUUGUUGAGGUGGAUUGCAGAGUGAUCCCGGCUUUAGAAGACAGGUGUCAAAUGGAAAAACCAGGUGAUUGGAAGGUAGUCAUUGGCACUACUGGGGAGAAGAUGUUAGUGAUGAAAGAUGUCGAAGAGGAAGCAGUCAAGAAAGACUUACUGAAGUUGAGAGAGAAAGGCAUAGAGAGUAUUGCAGUUGUGCUCGCACAUAGUUACACUUACCACGAUCAUGAACUGAGAGUAGGCAAAAUAGCGUCUGACCUAGGGUUUACUCAAGUAUCAUUAUCGCACACCGUUACGUCAAUGGUGCGGAUGGCACCGCGCGGUUACACUGCCUCCGCGGACGCUUACCUCACCCCUCAUAUACGGGACUACGUUAAGAGUUUCGCUGGCGGCUUCACUGACGGACUGAGAGGCACCAAUGUCUUAUUCAUGCAGUCCGAUGGCGGUCUAACACCUAUGAAUUUAUUCAAUGGUUCUCGAGCCAUUUUAUCUGGGCCAGCAGGAGGUGUUGUUGGAUAUGCGUUGACGUCAUACCAGAAAGAAACAAAACUACCUAUUAUAGGUUUCGAUAUGGGUGGAACGUCGACUGAUGUGUCUCGUUAUGCUGGUUCGUUAGAGCAUGUCCAUGAAGCUACCACCGCUGGGGUCACUAUACAGGCACCGCAAUUAGAUAUAAAUACAGUGGCAGCAGGUGGCGGGUCCAUGUUAUUCUUCAGGUCCGGACUGUUCGUGGCAGGGCCAGAGUCCGCGGGUGCGGAGCCAGGGCCGGCUUGCUACAGAAAGGGCGGGCCCCUCGCAGUUACCGAUGCUAAUUUACUACUAGGGCGUUUGUUGCCUGAAUAUUUUCCUAAAAUCUUCGGACCCAAUGAGAAUGAGACGUUAGACUGCGUCGCAACACAGGUCGCCUUUAAAAAGAUGACACAUGAUAUGAUGUCUAUGGAGGAGGUGGCUAUGGGUUUUAUAAACGUUGCAAAUGAAGCAAUGUGUAGACCUAUUAGGGCAUUGACGACGGCCCGCGGUUACGACGCCGCACAACAUGCUCUAGCAUGUUUCGGUGGCGCGGGAGGUCAACAUGCAUGCUCUGUCGCCAGGCAACUAGGGAUAUCUACCGUGCUUAUACAUAAGUAUGCCGGAAUCUUGUCAGCGUAUGGCAUGGCGCUAGCCCAUGUGGUACAUGAAGCUCAGACGCCUUGUGCUUUAAAGUAUUGUCCAGAGAACUUCCCUGAAUUGGACAGACAACUGGACGUCUUAUCAGCAGUAUGUAAGGAUAAACUUCGGGCACAGGGCUUUGAAGAAUCCCAAAUAAUUACGGAACCUUAUUUGCAUUUGCGCUAUGCGGGCACUGACUGCGCGCUGAUGGUGGCGCCAUCUGACAAGCAAAACACUACCGCUUGCCGCCAUGGAGAUUUCUAUGGUGCAUUUAUAGAGAGGUAUAAGAACGAGUUUGGGUUCACGUUGUCAUCGCGUGACGUACUCGUGGAUGACGUGCGCGUGCGCGGGGUGGGGUUAAGCCAAGUGCCAACGGAAGUGGCGCCGCCUAGCGGUAAACAUAUAAAGCCAACGCCGGAAAAGGUUGUCAAGGUCUAUUUCGACGGUGGCUAUCAGGACACGCAAGUCUACCUUCUAGAGAAGCUAUUGCCGGAACAAGAGGUAUCUGGACCGGCGAUCAUCAUGGAUAGUCUCUCCACUAUCCUAGUGGAACCUGAUUGUCGAGCGGAAAUAACCAAGUUUGGUGAUAUUCGUAUAACAAUUGGUUCGGGCAAGCCGAAGAAAGUAACAACAGACCUCGAUUCUAUACAGCUGAGCAUUUUCUCACAUCGGUUUAUGUCGAUAGCCGAGCAGAUGGGCAGAGUUCUCCAACGAACAUCAAUAUCGGUGAACAUCAAGGAGCGGCUCGAUUUCUCAUGUGCCCUGUUCGGUGCGGACGGCGGUCUGGUAUCAAACGCACCUCAUAUUCCAGUACAUUUGGGAGCCAUGCAAGAAACGGUGCAGUAUCAGAUGAAAAUGCGUGGUGAUUCUAUGAAGGCGGGCGACGUUUUGCUCGCCAACCACCCCAAGGCGGGCGGGUCACAUUUACCCGAUCUCACUGUAAUCACUCCCGUGUUUCAUGGUUCUAACCCGCGUCCUAUAUUCUUCGUGGCGUCACGCGGCCAUCACGCGGACAUUGGCGGGUUGACCCCCGGCUCUAUGCCGCCACAUUCCACCUCUCUCACGCAAGAGGGCGCUGCCUUCAAGUCUAUGCUGCUAGUAGACGGUGGAAGAUUUAAUGAGGAACAACUUACUAAAGAACUGAUGAAGCCCGCUAACGAGCCAGGUUGCUCGGGCACUAGAAACUUGGCCGAUAAUCUAUCCGAUUUGAAAGCGCAAGUUGCUGCUAAUCAAAGGGGCAUUCAACUAGUAGGAGAAUUGAUUGAUCACUAUGGACUAGAUGUGGUACAAGCUUACAUGACGCAUAUACAGAAGAAUGCUGAAAUAGCAGUCAGAGAUAUGCUCAAGGAAAUAGCGAAGAACGCUCUAGCCAAGACUGGUUCUACUGUUCUCAAGGCCACUGAGUAUAUGGAUAAUGGCACUCCUAUCGUUCUCACUGUCACUUUAGAUGAGAAGGAAGGCAGCGCCCUCUGCGAUUUUACAGGGACAGGAUAUGAAGUGUGGGGCAAUCUGAACGCGCCGCGAGCCAUAACGUUAUCCGCUCUCAUAUACUGUCUGCGUUGUAUGGUCGGACACGACGUACCAUUAAACCAGGGUUGUCUGAAUCCAGUGCAGGUGGUGAUUCCACAGGGUUCUAUCUUGGACCCCUCCGAUGAUGCAGCCGUAGUGGGCGGGAACGUUCUCACCUCACAAAGAAUUGUCGACGUCGUGCUUAAAGCAUUCCAGGUGUGUGCGGCGUCUCAGGGAUGUAUGAACAAUCUGACGCUGGGCGAGGAGAGUUGGGGAUACUACGAAACUGUGGCUGGAGGCAGCGGGGCGGGUCCCGGUUGGCAUGGAGCUAGCGGUGUCCACACACACAUGACUAAUACCCGUAUUACUGACGUUGAGAUAGUGGAGCGUCGGUAUCCCAUGCUGGUGGCCAGGUUCAGUAUCCGGGCGGGCUCCGGCGGUGCAGGCGAGUGGAUGGGCGGUGACGGUGUGACGCGCGAAUUGAUAUUCCGUCGCACUGUGCAGUUAUCAGUACUGACUGAACGUCGAGCGUUCCAGCCUUACGGAAUGAAUGGCGGAGAACCUGGAGCUAGAGGACUAAACUUGCUGCAACGCAAAGAUGGCCGCGUAAUUAAUUUAGGCGGGAAAACAUCUAUCGUUGCAUAUCCAGGGGAUAAAUACAUAAUGAACUCUCCCGGUGGUGGUGGUUACGGACGUCCAAACUCUAAAUCGUCGAGCAAACAGACCGACAAAUAUUACAGCGAGUUUCUAGAGAGGGGCAGUGUCUACGAAUAUAGGAGUGCGCAAGAGUCUGUGUAA